AUGCGCUUCACUACGCUAUUUCCCCUCCUCGCCGCUACAGCCCUCGCCUCCUCCGACUCCUCCUCAUCCUCAUCAUCUGCCGCCUCCUCAGAAGCAUCCCCCAAAGUAGAAGAGCCCACACCAGCCGGCGAAAUAUGGGCCGCCAAAUGGAAGGACGAGGAUCUCUCAUCCUACACCAAGCACUGUGCCGGCAGCACCACAUUCAAAGCGCAGAUCUACACCCUCGGGGAGAUGUACCCGACGCUGAAAGAUUUUGCGCCGCAGCUCAAAGUCUUCUACAAUAAGCAGCUUUACCCCGGAUCAUGGGAGGGCAAAGAUGUGCAUGGUGAGGGAAGAGAGCUAUUGAAAAUGCCGUUGGUGGAGUUACCGUUUGCGGUGCGGGAAUGGUUGACCAAGAGUCCCAAACAGCGUCACUUCAGCGUCCAGGAUGACACCGUCUUCUUCGCCCCGGGCGCCAUCUACCCCAUCCUUCCGCUCUUUGUCGAUGAGCCGGAAAGCGACAAGUUAUCCGAUUGCGACGGUUUGUACGAGGACCUUGAGAACUAUAGUGCAGAGCCCAAGGAUGGCGUUGUGCUGGGUAAGGUGGCGCACAAAAGCUUGGGGAAGAACGAGGUCGAGGUCACGCUUGAUGCGUUCCAAGUCAAGGGGGCGGCAGGGGCCAAAGAUGAGUUGUAG